AGAAGCAGAUACUGAAGCUGUUGGAGCUAGAACAAGUAUUGAUCUUCUUUUGUGUGGAAAGAGUUCUUGGGCAAAAUCAGAAUAUUCAGGAAACAUCGAGGACCCAACUAUGGAAGACUUGGCUUUGGCUUUCUUGCUGGAAGAGAGAGCUCUGCUUUCUGAAGAAGCUGCUCUUUCCCAAGAAAGGAGUCUAGAGGAAGAAGAAAACCAGAAGGACACAAUUGGAUUUCUAACAGCCAGAAUGCAGGAAUCAGUGACAUUCAAGGAUGUGGCCGUGGACUUCACGCAGGAGGAGUGGAAGCAGCUGGACCCUGCACAGAGGGACUUAUACAGGGAUGUGAUGUUGGAGAAUUACAGAAACUUGGUUUCUUUGGGACUUCCAGUUUUUAAACCAGAUGUGAUCUCACAGCUGGAGAGAGGAGAAGCCCCAUGGAUUCCAGAGGUCCCAAGAAGCAUUUGUCAAGGUUCCUUUAGUCAGGAGACUAAGUGGGAAAACAAAGUCUCAACUCCAAAGCCCAGGUUUUGUGUAGGAGAGCCAUCUAAAGAACUACAAUUCACACAAGAUGGGUACUGGGAUUUCAAGUUGGGAUCUUCAUGGGAAUAUGAUAUUAGAUUAGAGGAAGAUUCAGACAACCAGGAGAGACAAUCCAGGCAAGUGAUAUUCAUCCCCAGAAAAGAUGCUAGUAAAGUGAAUGUUAAUGAAGGUGAUACAUAUGGGGCAGGUUUCAGUUUGGGAUCCAUCCUUGAUCCACAACAGCUAUUUCCCCCAGGAAAAAGUCUACAUCAAUGUGAUGUGCUUGAAAAAAGCUUCAAACAGUUUUCAGAGCUAAUUAAAUGGAAUAGAAUUUCCUUAGGGAAGAAACUCUUUAAGUAUAAUAAAUGCAGGAAGCCCACCAGUUACCACUUAGACUUGGUUCAAUAUGAUGGACUACAUAUUGGAGAGAAACUUUAUGAAUGUAACGAAUGUGGAAAAGCCUUCAAUUGGAUUACACACCUCACUGACCACCAGAGAAUCCAUACUGUAGAGAAGCCCUAUAAAUGUAAUGAAUGUGGGAAAGCAUUCAGUAAACACUCCUACCUUAAUCAACACCAGAAUGUCCAUACUGGAAAGAAACCUCAUAAAUGUAAUGAAUGUGGGAAAAACUUCAGCCAGAGGGGCCACCUCACUGAACAUCAGAGAAUUCAUUCUGGAGAAAAACCUUAUAAAUGUAACGAAUGUGGGAAGGCUUUUGGCCAGAAGGCACAUCUUACUGAGCAUCUGAGAAUUCACACUGGUGAGAAACCUUAUCAGUGCAGUCAAUGUAGAAAAGCUUUUAGCCAGAAUUCAUCUCUUAUUCUACAUCGGAGAAUUCAUACUGGAGAAAGGCCUUUUGAGUGUAAUGAAUGUGGAAAAGCCUUCAGCCAGAAGGGACAUCUUACACAACAUAGGAGAAUUCACACUGGAGAGAAACUCUUUGAAUGUGGUGAAUGUGGGAAAUCUUUCAGCCAUGGAUCAUCCUAUACUUAUCAUCAGAGAAUUCAUACUGGAGAGAAACCAUAUGAAUGCAAUGAAUUUAUUCUCCUCCUUAAAGGCCUGGAUCAGAUGCCACCUCCUCCAUGA